CAGGUUCAGUGAUAAAUGACCAGGCUGUGACAUCUAGGUGAUAGAUGUGGGGAUGCGGAUAUAAGGUAAAGUUGCUCUGUGCUUCAUCAUGUUUGGGCACUGGGCAGGGACAAAGUCAGUAAAGAUGUUUGGACGGCUGUCUGUCAGUUCCUUUCCCUCUUCAUUUCUCUACUUCUUAAAAAAAACGCAUUCUUUAUUUGCUGUCGUGAAAAACUGACUUACUAUUUGCAUUCUAAGAAUACUUUGAAGCAAAACAGAAAUGUGACGGGAAUAGGAGAAGUGUAGAUCACUCCAAUUGAACAACAGCAACAGAAAGAGGGCAUGGAACUGUUGGCCUUGUUGAAAUAAUCUCUUUCCACAAGGAAACAACUGACCAUGAGACUCUACAAUUCUACCUUUUCAGAUGUAAAUAAUUCUUAGUUGGGAAUCUAAGUCGUUCGUUGUUCUCAUUUUGCUGUGUCACCGGCUCUAAUUAAGAAAUCAGAGCUUUCCAAAUAUAUUUGAGUGAGCUCUACAAUCUCCACCCAGCCCAUGUGAUCGAAACAGUUUCCUGUUUAAAUAUUUCUGCUUAGGAAGAUAUUUACAUAACGUUUUGAUGAUCUCCUAACAUGUACUAAGUGCACUUAGUGCAAUUUAUAUAAACAAAUAUUGUGACUACUAGCGGUAGUGCACUUAUCUCGCAUUGAUUAUCAUCAAACAGUCAUAGAAGGACGGUUGACUCCACACAAUCCUAUCAUCUGUUAGUGUAUCAGAUUGCAGUCUGAAUAUUUCAGUGAUAAAACAUAAAAAAAAGCCCAGAACCGACAGAACAUUUUAUCUAUUGGCGUAAACACGGGAAAUUGAAGUGAAUCGUACCGCGCAUUAAAAACGUUAAAGACCCAGGGUUUUCUUCUUUCAUAUUAGUGUUUUAAAACUCAUUUUCCAUAAACUGCCUGUGGACACCAAGCUAAAUAUUUCAUGCUUAAUCAUUUUAUAUCUUUUUUGACAAAAAAACCUACACGGUCAAUUUGCCCAGAGAACUAUUUCUUUAGUUCUCCUCAGAGUAAGUUAGAUGUUAGAAGUAAUUCUCAAAAUAGUCGGCUAAUCGCUCUACUUGAAGAGGCCACAGAGUACAAUGUUACCUCCGUAACAUCAAAUCCAUUUUAAUCUUAUUAUUUCAAAUGAUCACAUCGAUCUUCGUUAUUGUCAAUAAAGGCCUAUAGCAUUUGCCUUCCAAAAAAAAGUGUAUUUGACAUAACUGGACAUAAUCCAGGAAUUCACCAAUCCUAUAAUUUUAGCACAGUUUCCUUUACUUUCACCAUUUACAAUGGGAGUUUUCGUGUGGCUAACAGAAGUAGGUUUAUAUUGACUAGGCACGUUGCCAUUUUGGUUUAAAACUCAGGCUUUUCGUAAAUUAUUGCAGAGCGUUGAAUUCUCCAUAGAUAACUGCAAGCAAGAACUAGUAUUUGAAGCUUCAUUGUUAUCACCUAGUGUCUGCAGAUGGGUUUGUUAUGACACAUGUUGAUGCAUAUAGUUUGUUCCUCAAAACGAAGAUCCUCUCAAGAUUAGAAUAACUGAACAUGAGAAACAAAAUUCUGUAUAACCUGUUUAUGGCUUAAAUUACACACGCCAGUGUCGACGAAGUUGUCUCCCCGAUUAACUAUUAAUUUCUUGAUCCAAUUUUAUACUAUGAUAACUAGACAAAACGCAGCAAUUCCAUAUUAUCAGGUGGGAUAUUAACAUCGUGAAUAUUUCAAUUUCUUCUUCAAUUUAUAUUCUCAUCUCGUGCAUAUGACAAUUUAAGAAAAUAAAACUGCUGAGUGAAUAGUACCCGUUCCACGUACAUUUUGUUUUGCACAGAGGACACCAACACCUUCCCCUUAUAAGACAGAAACAUUUCCACAUACUGUGGUCGUCUCUUCACUGACUGCCAAUAAUAUCUGAAAAGUGGGUGGGUAAAUUCUUAUAUUUUUUUGGACGCAGAUGACCAUCUUAACGAUUAUCUCCAUGAUGAAUCUAAUAGAGAUAUUUGCAACCAUGUUGUUCUUGGAUAGGUUAUCUUUUUGAGACAACAGAUUGCCAUUUCUUAGAAUUGCAAGUUGCCCGAAAAUGGACUCCAGUAAAGUUUGCUUGUAAGUGAAAGUUAAUAAAGCAUCUGAUCCCCAUUCUUAAAAAAAAGCUUUCUCCAAUGCCUCGUAAUAUUCAGAGAGUACCUGUUGAGAGCACCGGAACUAUCAGCUGCAUAGAUUCUUAACACAUCUAUUUUCAGACUGAGCCAAAUACUACUUUAAAUAAUGUUAAGAGGCAUAGCGUUAUCUUUUUAAUCCGUGGACUAUUCCCCGUUCGUAAUGGUAAAACAAAAUCCAGCCUCUAUCCUCCUUGGAUUAACGGAAAGCUGAUUUGAAAGUCGGGUAUUUCGGAGAUGCUUGAAAUUGGAAGCCCAUUUAAAAGCGAGGCAGUGAGACAGUGCCAUAUUUUUCAAUGUCACACCAUUUGAAGGGUACAUUUAAAAGCUGCGAGCUCAAUUAUUAGACGUUGGUAGAAUGAAAAUCCAAUGGCAAUAUACUGUUGCGUUUUAGUUUGAUGGCAAUGUGCAAGUCGUAACGUAAAUAUUCUUGAAUAUUUUUAAAAAAGACACGUUAGUAUAUGGGUGAAAUGGAUGUGACCAAUUUCAUUGCUCAAAAUCCUACUGUAACGUGAAGAUAUCUAUUACAUACCACCAGAGGAAAGACUAUCAAAAACGUUUAAUUUGAAAGCGAAACCUUUGUGUUCAUAUUUUAUUUCAGUUGGAACCACCUUAAUUUCCUUCCCAGCCGCCAGCCUCCUAUUUUGCUGAACUUGCCCUGUCACCGUUUCAUGGUUGUUCGGCAUUAUUAGUUGGUGGCAGCAAGUUCUCAUACUUAUUUUCACGCCAGCAGUACAACUUGUAGAUCAAUGCAAUCAUUUCCGCAUGCACAGUUCUGGCAAGCAAUCUGAAUAUUUUGCUUUGCAAGCGGAUCGCAGAAUUCACGGCUCUUUCUAUCCAUUUGUUUGCUUAGUGGGAGUGUGUCAGUUGAAACCCAAACAUUUUAAAUGUCACCCAGGUAUUCGAGAAAAGCCCUUUAGGUUUCAAUAUGCUUGCAAAAGGGAGGUGAUUUUGUAUAGCCCUGAGAUGAGAAGAGUUGCCAAACAUUGUCUGUCCACUGCCUGUCAAAAGAAGAAUGAGAUGUUAGAAUAUGUAAAUUGCUGAUUAAAACUUAUGUCUAACUAUUUGAUAUCAUGCUUCACCAAUAGAAAGCAGCAAGAGGAAUUGUGCAACUUGUGUAGAACUGCAGUCUGAAGUUGGAAACAUGAACCCAAAUAGGUUGGAAAUGGAAAGGGUCUUUAUGGGCGCGGUGCAGUUCUAUUUAAGAUUUCUUUUAAAAAAGUUAGCUACACCGCAGUCUGGUAACAUCGGGAACAGAUGUUCCUAUGGUCGGAUUUGAUUAAACACUGGUGACGAAAGCAUUUAUAUGGCGUUGUAGAAAACAAAAUACUUCGGAAAUUUCAUACUUUGACAGUUAACUCGGGGUCGACAAAGUAGAGAGAAUAAACUCAUUAUAUAAAAAAAGCAAACUCCUUCACGUUUUGGCUUAGCUUCAUUUUGGAUUGGAGGGGAGACAGUACAGGGAACGGUUUACUCAGCUUUGAAAAGUGCCAUGGCCUGGAGGUACCUGUUGGUUACUGCCACACUCUUAUCGGGCUGCAAACACGUCUUGGUAGAAGCAAGCUCCUGGUGGUCUUUAGCCAUGAAUCCCAUUCAAAUACCUGAGGUGUACAUUAUAGGAGCCCAGCCUUUGUGUAGCCAACUGGCUGGGCUUUCUCAAGGCCAAAAGAAGCUUUGCCAGUUGUACCGGGAUCACAUGCAGUACAUUGGAGAGGGCGCUAAAACUGGCAUCAAGGAAUGCCAACAUCAAUUCAGGCAUCGGCGGUGGAAUUGCAGCACUGUUGAUAACACAUCCGUCUUCGGCAGGGUCAUGCAGAUAGGAAGCCGGGAGACUGCAUUCACCUACGGGAUCUCAGCUGCUGGAGUGGUGCAUGCUAUCAGCCGUGCUUGUCGUGAAGGGGAGCUGGCUACAUGUGGCUGCAGUCGUGCUGCACGGCCCAAGGAUUUACCACGUGAUUGGCUAUGGGGUGGCUGUGGAGAUAACGUAGAAUAUGGCUACCGGUUUGCAAAGGAGUUUGUGGAUGCCAGGGAGAGGGAGAAGAUCUAUCAGAAAGGAACGUAUGAUAGUGCCAGGACAUUCAUGAAUCUGCAUAACAACGAGGCUGGAAGAAGGAUGGUCUAUAACCUGGCGGAUGUGGCCUGCAAGUGCCACGGGGUGUCGGGUUCUUGCAGCCUGAAGACCUGCUGGUUACAGUUAGCUGACUUCCGCAAAGUGGGCGAUGCGCUCAAGGAGAAAUACGACAGUGCCACCGCCAUGAGACUGAAUGGCCGCGGCAAACUGGUUCAGGUGAACAGCCGCUUCAACCCACCCACCGCUCUGGACCUGGUCUAUGUCGACCAGAGUCCUGACUACUGUGUCCGCAACGAAAGCACCGGCUCCCUGGGCACGCAAGGCCGCCUGUGCAACAAGACCUCCGAGGGCAUGGACGGCUGUGCGCUGAUGUGUUGUGGCCGGGGUUAUGACCAAUUCAAGACGGUUCGCACCGAGCGCUGCCACUGCAAAUUCCACUGGUGCUGCUAUGUCAAGUGCAAAAAGUGCACAGAAGUGGUCGAUCAGUUUGUCUGCAAAUAACCAACACCCCUCCCCCUCUAAACAAUGAAAAAAAACCCUGUAGCUACAGAGAGAAAGAGAGACCUUGAGAAAUUCGAGACUCCUAGGAAUUGGGCUGCAACGCGCGAACUGCCUCUUAAUAUUUCAGCUAAUGAAAAGCAAAAUGAUCAAACCAAAAGCCAACUGCAAAAUUAUGUGAACUUUUAGCUUUAAAGAAGACCCAUUUAAAUGCAUUUAGCGCCAAACACUGACUAAUAUGGAAGUAGAAAGCAAUGGGAGACGGGUCUGCUCAAUUGUCGAACAUCUGGAGACUAUGAUCAUCACUGAACGUGGUCAGAAAGCAACCUAGAAACAGGGCUUUUAUCUCAACGUGCACUCAACAGCGCCCCGCCUUGAACUCUCUCCAAGUGCAGAUUGGUCCAGUGGGAAUGAUCGG